AUGGUGGCUCAGACUGUAAAAAAAUCUCCUGCAAUGCAGGAGACCUGGGUUCAAAGCCUGCAUGAGGAAGAUCCCCUGGAGAAGGGAAUGGCUGCCACUCCAGUGUUCUUGCCGAAAGAAUCCCAUGGACAGAGGAGCUGGGCAGACUAUAGUCCGUGGGCUCCCACAGAGUCGGACACUACCGAGCGACUAACACCUUCUCCUUCCUCUUUGUGCCAUCCGAACAAGAAGGUCUUCUGUGUUCACAGAAGAGCUCUUGGGAGAGGUCACUGCAGUGGUUUCUGUCGAUCACCACCCCAGCAAACGCAGCUUUCCUUGCGGGAAAAGCCCCAGCACCCCAGUGAGAGGCGCGUGUUCUUCCUCUGA